AUGGCCACCUAUCACGCACGCACAGGCAAUGAGGUCCCAAUUGUGAGAUUCGAUAGAUCGAGAGGGGCAGUUCCUAUAGUACUUUUCUUGUUCAGAUCCACGAUUCAAGAUGGGCAAUACAAUAGAGUUCAUAUCCGCAAUGCCGAACGCAACUCCGGGGUACUUGGCAAAGCGAUCAGAAAAAAACACUUCAAGCGCCGACAAUAA